AUGGCACGCAUGGGCGAAGAUGGCCUUUUGCAAGGCGAGCUUAUCAACAUAGUCACCGCGUGCACGGCGCCUGCCGCGCUCACCCACUUGGAGGAGCAGUACGGCCAGAUCAAUGUGACGGAUGAGGAUCGACAGGCCACUCAUCAAAAUCGCGAUACUGAGCUCACAGCCGCCCUGGCUGCGCUUGCCGUGGAUGGUUACAACACAACCUUGAUUGAGACGCAUCACGCCACAGGCGAUGAUGCCACUUGGCUGCCGUACUGCCAUGCCGAUGGGGCGACUGUCGAGCAUCCCGCGACGCUCAACCUCGCAAACAGCUAUCACGAACAGGCGGGGCCUUCUGACGGUCUUCGAAGCACCAGCUUCAUCUUGCCGAACCCCUCGUCCCUCAUUGUGCAGCACGCACAAGCAUUUCAACUGACCCUCUUGACGAACAUUGUGUCCGAUGACAUGGUGCGCAACGUCAGCCAAAUUUUGACUCUGGCUGGGUAUCAGCGAUCUCCCUGCCGACGCACGCUGAAUCUGCUGCAAACUUCCCUAUUAUCUCUGGUGCUGUCCGAUGUCUUUACCUGCCUGUCAGCGCUCAAGACGGACGAGCGCCAACGUGCUCUUCAAGCCCGCAUGAUCGAGCACAACGCCAUCAGUAAUCUCUUUCAGCUCUUCGAUUCCCUGCUUUGGGGCGAGCCACAAACUGAUGAAGAUGAGGGCCAUGGUGUCCAUGGGCCAGGCUGCCACUGCUCACCCGGCCGCAUCCUGCGCCAACAGUACCUGCGUAUUGUCCAUGACCUCGUGAAUACCACCAACGGCGAGCCGAUUUUGCCAUUGUUUUUUACAGACCAUGAGCGUGACUUGAUUCUGAGCCUAGAUGAGCCGUACCGCGAUUAUCAGCACCUGCGCCCCUGGGCCAAGUACCGGAUUGAUGCCGAGGAGAGUGAGCGACACGGUUUUAUCAUAAAACUCAUCGGUGCCUACAAAAUCACUCAGCUAUCCGAUCCCGUCAAAUGCUCACUGGCCAUCACGCUGGAAAACUCAAUGCGUGGCGCAAGUCCAGCAGAGCGCCGAUUUAUCGGAGCGGCUGGCUUGUUGCAAGCCUUGCUCGACGACGCUUUCGUCUUAUAUGGCCGUGACUCCAACGUGGACGAAGAGGUUUUGCAGUUUGUCAACGAUUGUUGUGGCUCGCUUCUUGCCGGUACUUUGAGCAACUGGCAACAUUUGCACGGGCUUUUGGCAUCGCGGGCCUGUGGAUUCGAUCUUGCCAGUUUUUGUCAAUACUUGUCAUAUUCUGUGGUCGGUACCAAUCAGUUGGUGCGGUCCAUUUUCGUCACCGACUUCAAGUUUGCAGCAGAGGAACCUGCGCGUCAUGCUAUUUAUCGCGAAUUGCCCGUGAUCCGCUGGCUGUUGCAACCGCAGAACACGGCGGCGUAUUUGGUCAAAUUGCUGACCACGCAGCCUUUGGUCAAUUUGGCUCAGGAUCAUGUCAGCUGCUACAAUACAUCCUUGGUCAUACUCUAUCGUGCGCAAUCUGUGGGCGAGCUCGAUCUGAUCCUCGAAUUUGUCGGCAAACAUCCCAAGGGUUUCUCGGCCCUUGGGUCUCUGAAGCAGUUCUGCAUGGCCUGGUGUCAGUAUUAUCCCAAGCGUCAGCGCGACUUGGCCUCGCUCGCAGUCACAACAGGUCUUCACCUGGAUGACUGGAUGCACCUGCACGGCCAACUCAAGGAGCAACUUCCGGAACAUUUGGCACGCUUGUCGGCCCAAGACAAAUCGCCAGCGCAACUACCAACAGAUGAUUAG